AUGGCCUUUGCUGAUGAUAUGGUCGUAGACCACAAUAUCCUUCUCCACCAGGACCAGGAAGACCAGGAUAUUCUCAGCGAGUUUUUGGACCAGAGAGUGUUUGACUCGGUGAAUUCGAACUCGCCAGUGAAUAAUGGCGUCAACAGCCCGUACCAUCCUGACUUUGAUGUCAUGUUCCAGAAACUCAAGUCGGAGAACGACAUACUUCCUGAAGACCCGCUAAAGGGAGAGUUGGACGACAAUGACCACCUUCUGCAAGACCAAAACUACCUAUAUACUUCCCACGACAACUUCGAUAAGGAUUCUUUUGCCAAUGAUACCCCGGAUAAGCAUUCUCCCAAGGACUCCACGCUUUCCGUGUACGAAAUGGUCCGCAAAGAGGUGUCCAAGGUGCAAUUCGGCAACCCCUCGCAAAAGGUCUGUCCUGAUACUUUGGAGCUCGAUGAUCCUUCCUACUUGGACUUCUCCCAGGAGACAAUGGAUGCUCUUCCUUACAAGCUUGAAGUUAUGGACUUGCCUUCUUACUCCAGGGUGGAGACCCAGAUUAAGUUGCGUUUUGACUUCAGCCCGGCUCCAAAGGAGACUUUGGUCCGUAUUCCACAAGAUUUGGUCUCCAAGACAAAGCACUGCUUACUUACGCCCGAGGAAAAAUUGCCAGGCUUUUUGAAAGAAAACAUGCUCUACAUGGAUACCUAUGUCUUGACGUCAGAUGGUCAGACUUCUUGCAACAUUUGCAAGCGAUGCAUCAAGAGAGAACAAAAGAGAGCUUCCAGAUCCAAGAACGGUUCUGUCGACAAUGGCAUGUCUGAUUCCCCAUCUGCCCUGAAUAAAUCCCUUCCUAACAUGUGGAGCGACGAAGAUAUGAUCAAAAAGGCUAUCAUUUACAAUUCCAAGGAAAUUGUCAGCUUUGCUCCUCCAAGCGGCCUAAUAGAUGAUCCAAGUAAGUACCUAGACUUUUCGGUUAGAAUCGUUUGUUACUGCAGACAUCACAAGGAACAAAAGGGCUUCAAGCUUCUUUUCGUUGUGAAAAACUACUUAAAUCAGGUUGUCGCCAAGCAUUUGCUGAGUCCAAUCAUGAUCAUGGACAGAAAGAAGAACCAAAGCACGUCUGGUAAGGAACUGACGAAGCCAAAAAUCAAGUCCGAGGACUGUACUGGUGACAACGAUGGAUCUAUGCACCCACUCUCGCCUAACUCCAUCGAUGAUUCCAACUCCGAGGCUCUUGUCAACACUGAUACGAAUACCGAUACUCUCUCAGGUCACAGAGGUACCAAGAGAAAGAAGAUGUCGUUUGACGAUUCUGGCAACAACUCUGGAAACCCUAUGUACAAUGGUUCGACCGGAUUGUCGCCUCUCAGUAACAGUGAUACCAACACCUCCAUUCACAACAUGAACUCGAAGAAUGGUCUAUCUGUUAUGCAUAAGGGUUCUGUGCCUGGCUCUGCUUUCACUCAACUGAUACAAGCUCUGCCUAUCCCAAGACAACGCCUGCAGCAACUGUUUGGUAUGAUGCAGCAGAAUAAUAAUCAUCCUAUGAUUCAAAAGAUCAUUCCUGCUCAAGGACCUAUAAGAGGUGGUAUUGAAGUGACCCUUUUAGGUUUUAAUUUCCGUCCUGGCUUGAACGUCAAAUUUGGAUCCAAAAACUCGCUAGCCACACACUGCUGGUCCGAUAGUACUAUGGUCACCUACCUCCCUCCUGCUGCUCAGCCAGGACAGGUGCUUGUGAGUUUCGAGAGCUUGGAACAUGUCAUUCCAGUAAACCAACAGCUGAUUUUCACAUACACUGAUGAUACGGACCGCCAGCUUAUCGAGCUCGCUUUGCAAAUCGUUGGCUUGAAAAUGAAUGGAAAGUUGGAGGAUGCUAAGAACAUUGCUAAGCGUAUUGUUGGCUCCGACUCUCAGUCUGGUAGCAACGGUGGCACUCCUCCACAGCAGUCUAAUGUGUCUGGCAUGAACCAGGCCAGCAAAGAAUGGUAUGACAAUGCUCACAAGGCAGUCGAACAGUUGGUCAAGUCCGAGCUUUCUACAGAAGAUAUCUUGAUCAAUUUCCUCUCGUUGGUGGAUUUACCAAAUUGUCCAAUCAUCAUUCCAAACUGGCAAUUGUGCAACAACCAAGGCCAAUCCUUAUUGCACCUUGCUACGCUCAAGAAUUACACUCAUUUGAUUAAGUUCCUCAUAACGCAUGGCUGCAAGAUAGAUAUCAAGGACAACCAAGGUUUGACACCUUUGUUCUUCGCCUCUAUGUGCGGCUCCCGGGAUUUGAUGAAGGUAUUUAUAGAGUGCAAGUCCAAUUGGAACUUGAAGUUGGCUAACGAUAAGGUGUUGAAGGACUAUUGUGAUAUCAAUGUCUUAGAUAUGUUUAGCAAGCUUGAAGCUGAAAGCUACAUGUCUGAUGAUGUGAGCAGUGUCAACAAUUCCGGUAGAGAUGUUGGCGAUGAAGAGUUGACCAAAUCUUACAGUGUCGAUUCCUUGAACUCAUUGUUUAUGAUCGACUAUGGUAAGCACAUCUCUAAGAUGGUCAUGGAGUCUUCAGCUGAAGAGGGCCAAGAGUCUAGAGAUUUGGAAACGGCCGACAAUGCUUACGAGACAACAAGACCAAAUUCACCAGACGGAUACGGCGGCGAUUCAUCCGAUUUCGCCGACUCCGAGCUUGACUCAGAUGACAGUUUCUCGGACCAUGGCCAGGGGCCAUUCCGUAAGCUGUUUGCCAAUGGCAUUUACGAAGAUGAUGAUUAUGAUGACGAUUACAAGGACUACGAGAGCAGUGAUGAUGAGAGUGAAAACUCAGACGAAGAGCAUGGAAGCAAUAACAGGCCCAACAGACCAACGACGAAGGGGUUGUGGCAGAAAAUGAAGAAUGCCGUUUUCCACAGCGACAACAGUGAUGCUGAGCUCCCCUCAUACGAUGAUCUUUUCCCAUUCGGGCACUCGUCUGUCGGCGAGAAGCCCAAGACACAACAAGAAAGACAGCUCAAUGAGCAUCAAAGCAUGGAAGGCACGCUGGCCAACAGAAAGAGAUCAGCUACAGAAGAUGACGCUGGACUCACGUCUGACUCGUCUGAGGACAUGGUGAUCUCGUACAUCAACCAUCCACGUAAGACCGUUGAGAGCGACAAGAUGUUGUUAUUCUUCUGGCUCCCAAUCUUGGUCUUCAUCAUUGGGUUGUUCUUGUACGUGAGCAUCACCGGCCAGAAGGUUGGCUUCGUGGAAAAGUUCAAAGACAUAGGCCGCGACACCAUUGGUAACUUCAUGGUCGGUAACGAAAGAAUCACAAGAGUAUUCAGGAAAGAGGCCGCCAACAAGGCCGCCGGGGCCCUCAAGGGUUGA